CCAGCGAUCGGUUAGGACGUUUUAGCCUCCAUUCAUCCUCGCUUAACAAAUUCGCAUAAAGAUUCGAGUUGGAACAGUUUGAUACCCGCAAGUCGUGGUUCGAAAUCGAAGCGAAUCGCAUCGGAUGAUCUACCAUUGUUUUGGGGCGGGAACGAUUGGCUACCUGUGGCUGUGGAUGCUUUGGUAGCUUUCGCCGAACUUCUUCGAGGUCAGGCAGUUGGCAAGCAGCAGUGACCUGCCAGCUAUUAAUACGACAAAAACCAUCAGUGAUAUUAUGCUAAUGAGCCGUUUUGGCCGUUGAUGAAUGAACCUGCAACCACGGCCCAUCGAAAAGGAGAACGCGAGGAGUGUGCAUUGCCAGUGCCUUUGUGACCUGCUGUGUUACGCUGCCAAGUGCCCGAGUGCAAUUUUCUAACCCGUUAGCGUAGAAGAAAGAGGGCGAAAAGUGCAUCACAGUCUUUGUACAGAGUGCAUUACAUGUUGAGGAGUUGUGUGUCGUGUUGGCUUUGGCGGCACUUCUCUACACUAGUAACCUGUAAUCGAAAGCAACGCGAGUACGAGUGGUGUAAUUAAUGGUUGUUAGAAAAUUAAAUACGCAGCAAUUUUGAAGAGAGAUCGAGGCCAGCCUUACGCAGUGUUUUGAGGCGAGUGUGACUUAACUUUUUUUUUUGUUUUUAAUUGUGUAAGAAUCAAGCAAAAGGUCGAUCCUACGGUUUGGUGGAGGUGCGCGAAGCUUGUAUUUUUGGAGGUGUGUUCCCAAGCGCACUUCACUGACGUCGUGAACGACCGACGAGCGAGUUGGUGUUGCCUAGCGUCGAGAGAUUAUCGGAUAGCGCGAACAAAAGAUUGCACAUUCAAAACUCGAAACCAUCACCAUUCAUCGCCAACAGACAGAGCAUACCGUGUGUGUGUGUGUGUGUUGAGGAUUGUACCCCUUUUUCAUGGUUUUAGCAACAACAAAAAAAAAGGAGUUCACAAUCAAUAACAACAACAACACAGAACCAACCGUCGAUUAGGGCAAAAUAAAAGUUGCCCCAUCAUAAGCGACAAACGAAAAGGCGACAGACAGGAAGUUUUGGCUCAAUUCGAGGAAAAUACAAGAAGCGAUUACGAUUGAAAGCCCAAAGAUAGCACGGUUCUGGAGAAGGCGGAUUUUGAUCGAACAAUUGCGAUUCUGAAGUUUCAUGGACACAAUGACGAUUUCAGCCAUCCCCCCACAAGAGCCGAUCUGGUGCCUGGAGCGUCGCGAUUCCGGUCACCUCUUCUGGCGACGAGAAUCGUCCAAGGUCAAGUUCCGGUACGACGUCGAAGUGCUGGAAUUCACCAAGGACCCCUGCGAAGACCAGCUGCUGAUCACCGACAGCGAACUGAAGGAGAAGAACGAGCACCACCUGUCGAACAUGAUCGUGGUGUGUGCGACCUGCGUGGCGGCCAUUGCCGUCACGGUGGUCCUUCCCUGGUUCCUGAUAGGAUCCACCUAGGAUGGCGAUGGGAGAAUCGAGACACCGAACACCACCACCACCUACCAUCCACCAACGCCGGUGGAGAUAUUAUUCUAGCAGUUAGUCUACUUAGCGGUUUUAAGCAAGAGUUACUGAUGAUGAAUCGCACACUCACUUCUUGGGAACGAUAGGCUUAGGGAAGAGCGAUUUCCAAUAUUGAUACGAACAACAUUUAAACAAAGAACACACACGAAGCACACGUGUGCACGAAGCGAUAAGCCUAGGAAGUGUCUUCUUUGCUGAAGCAAUUUAUCUAGAUUUUUAAAAGGAUUAGGUUUAUGUUUUUAAGGAAUGUGAUUAGGGAAAGAAGUUUUACUCGAUUGGAAGGAUGUAUAUAUUUGUAUGAAAAUUGUAACUGAAAUUUUUAAACCGAGUCGCCUUCAUAAAAUGAAUAUACCGCUACCUGAUUUUAAGGAAGAACCGUGCUGAUGGUGAACCAUUUGUUUAAAACUGCCAAAUUGGGCACCCACGCACGGAAUGCAAAUACAAAGGCCAAGAUUAAUGAGCAUGUAUAUUUUUGGAGGAAUUUUUUCUCACUACUGAAAACAAACAACGCGUAACAGACGCCCCCCGGUUCAUAGAACCAAGAGAUUCAAGGAACAAACAAACAAACAACGAGUAAUUUCGGAAAAGUCGAUACUAUGCGGAAACGAUAGGAAAACAACGCUCAAUUAGCGAGGGAGAGUUUGCGUUUUCUGCCAAAAAUAAAUUCCACUCUCGAUCGCCUUCACCUCAUCGCGAAAAGGGGAAAAAUCAAUGCAAUCUGUCUGUCUGCUAAUUUGUUGUAAACAGCAGAACCCGUUUGUUGAUGGGCGGGAGUACAUUAAGCGAAACAACGAAAUGCUACUCAUUUGGGAGGUGCUUAUCGGAAUUGGCAGAUAGAUUUCAUCCAACGCUCGUAAAAUACACACGCCUAGAACGGAUAGAGUAAACAAAUUGAACCAUUUGCAAUUCGGGACCAAACGAAACUAACUGAGGUGGAACUGAUCUGUUUGUAGAUAUUCUCUAGGGAGUAGUUGUUUUCGUCUCUAAGUACUUUUUUUUCUCGAGAUAAGUGGCGAAAGGUUUCGGUGGUGUUGAUUUUUUCCGGGUUCUUCCUUCAACUGGAACGAUGAGAGGUGAUAUUGAACGAAACGGUUCGAAUUAGAUUUAUAUAUUGUAUGUUAUCAAGUGAUAAUAGUAUUUAGGUUGUGAGAAGCAUGAACAUAUUAAACGAAUAUUUAAACAU